AUGGUAUCAGGCAGCCAUCCCUAUCUAAGAAAGAUAUUGACAACAUAUGAGAUGAGCAGCACAGAGAGUGGAGAUGAUCAUGCACUUGCCGACUCAGGACCCCAGGGCGACACCACAGCUCUGGGGUUCUCUCAUCAUUCCCUGCAGCAGACCUUGGCCACAUACAGAUACGAGAAUGCCCUCAUCAAAACAGAGUUAGCGGCAACACUUGAGCGACAUGCACGGGAAAUGGAAGAGUUGAAGUUGAAGUAUCAGUCCCAGAUGAAGGAGAUUGAACAACAAAGAUUAGAAUCAGAGAGGCAGAUACAAGAAAUACAAGACAGAUAUACAGACCAAGAAAGGAAAAUGCAGCAAGCAAAUCUGAAUUUACAACAGAGAAUAAAGAAGGAAAAUUUCAUGACAACUCCCAUAAAAUAG